CCGCCAUCGUCCAAUCCAACAUUAUGCAAGUCAAGCAUCAUCAGUCGAAAUCCCCCACUUACACGCAUUAGCAAGGCUACAGCUUAUACACCACCACAUUCGCUCAGCCCGAUCAUCAUAGCUCCAAAGCGUACACCUCACGAUACCAUCAGAUGGCCCGUUGAAAUGCGGUUGCCUAUGCCGUCUCGCGUCCACAAUGUCCGUUGAGAUCUGGCCUCCCAUCUCGCUGGCUGAGCUUAAAAUCCAAGAAGAUGCCACUCAGGCCCGCGAGCUAACCUGGCUCCUAAUAUCCCUGCGUGCGACCCUCGAGAAAAUCAAGCGCGGCUUGGAAGACUGCUGCGCACUACUAGCUCCCGCCGACUCUGCAGGUAGUACGCUCGUGCUAACAACGCCACGCAACGAGACCGUAAAGGGACACACGACACGUGUGGGCGCGCGCCUGGUGCGCGGCUUAGUCCAUCUUAGACUGCGAACUCUCCCACCACAGACUAUAUCCCUCGACCCCUCGCGUCCCGUCCGUGUCCCCGCUCUAAUCCGUCUCGACGCUCUUCUCUCGCUCUCGCUUGAGUUAUGCCUCGCCCUAGAAGAGCACCAGAAUCAAACUACGCCCCCGCCCUCUGCGCCGUACCUCGCCUCCCAAUUACGGCUGCUAGCACUACAUAUUGCGGAAGCAGCAGCGUUAGUCAAAGGGCCGUCUCAACCGCCUGCGCGCCCAUCGACUAGUGCUUCUACGGCGAGCCAUGAGGUGCCCGGACGCCAGCAUCUACCGGAGCAGAAAGUUCCUCUUGAUACCACGUGGACGACAAGUUCAGUGUCACUAGGCCAUUUCACGCCCCCGCUUAGUCGCAACCUAUCUCUCUACGUAACGAUUCAAGAUGCCUGUCUGGUCAUAUAUUUGCGCGCCCUAGAACCCGCCGAUGCACCCGUAAAUUUCGGAACAAAGCUCGCGCUUGCUAUUGGUACAACACGGCGCAUCGAGCACGAUGAAGCCGACCGCGUGUUCUCGUACCGAUGUGACGACGAGUCGCGAAUUGAUGGCGGCACGUCCGCCCCCGAGCAUCAUGGUAGUCGUAGUGGUAGUAAUGCCGGUGGUGAGGAUAACGGGGGGAAUAAGAAAGAAGUCGAGGUAUAUGUUCGCGAGAAGGUGCGUGUUGAGAGCGCGGACCCUAGCCUCCUUUCGCUAUCCGCAAAGUUGAGCGCUUUGGGCAAUACGUUGGGGUUGGCACGGCGUAAUUUGGCCGCCGUCAUGGAACAAGAUUUGGAAGAAUAAAGCCACGCGGGAGAAUAUGGCAUCACAGAAUUAUCUCCUGCUAAUAGACUAGUACGGCAGAGCUAUAUGCAUUGUUGGAAUAGGGGGUGGAGUCUCCCUGGAUGAAAAUGAAGGACAGCAGCAUUAGCUAGGUACCUAAUAGGGUAACAAGUUUAAAACCACAAGACAAUCAAAUCACGAUAAACACUUGGAA